CUUAUGUUUGCCGGAAUUUACGUCAACGGCUAUAAAGGAUAAACAAUAUAAAUUAUAGGGAUAAAAUGUUUGCUUACUUUCAGUAUUGGUUUGAUGAUAAUAACGUUUAUCUACAAAAGACGAUAAAAGAGAUACAGAUUUUGACCACUGAGGACUUGUCACCAUGAUACGUUCGUUUGAAGCUUGGGACUAUGUAAUUUUUGCCAUCUGUCUUGCUAUUUCCCUCGGGAUCGGAGUCUAUCAUGCUUUCUUUGCCGGAGGACAGAACACGACUGAAAAAUAUUACUAUGGCAACCGAAAUAUGGGAGCGAUUCCCGUAGCACUAUCUAUGCUUGUGACGUAUCAAUCGUCUAUUUUCAUGUUGGGAUAUCCCGGUGAAAUGUACAUAUACGGAUCCAUGUUCUGGCUGAGUUUUAUAGGCGUAGGACUCGGGUUCGUCCUUGUUGCGGCGUUCCUUGUUCCCCUUUUUCACCCUCUCAACAUACGAAGUGCGUUUGAGUACUUAGAACUACGAUACAAGAGCAAGGCGCCAAGACUUUUAGCAUCGUUUAUGAGCAUUAUACUGUAUGUCAUAUUUAUGGGCCUAGUUGUAUAUGGUCCAGCGAUUACAUUAAAAACAGUCACACAGUUCCCCCUUUGGGCCUCAAUGCUCCUCGUCGCUGCCGGUGGAGUGUUUUACACAUCAAUCGGCGGAUUCAAAGCAGUUAUAUGGGCGGACGUGUUUCAAUCUAUCAUAAUAAUUAUUGGGAUAUUCUCCAUUCUUAUACAAGGUCUGAUUAAAGUUGGUGGAUCAAGCGAAGUAUGGCGGAUAAAUGAAAUGUAUGGGCGGAUCCAGUUUGAUGAAUUCAGCCCUGACAUCACUGUUAGACACACAGUCUGGGGCCUCGUCAUUGGUAAUAUGAUCCAGUUCUUCUCCCUGGGGUACAGUCAGAUGAUCGUUCAGAGAAUCAUGUCCACCCCAACCAGCAACAAGGCCGUACAAGCGUCCAUAUUUGCGAUUCCCGGAUUUGCUCUGUUUGGGUCCAUUUCCUGUUUUCUGGGUUUGAUGGCUUUCGCUUACAAUGUCCAAAGAGGAUGUGAUCCACUGGCAAAGAAUAUAAUUGUCAGACCAGAGCAGGCUUUGCCAUAUUUUGUGAUGGAUAUAUUCGACAACAUAGUUGCUAUGCCGGGGGUGUUCCUUGCAGCCCUAUUCAGUGCUUCUUUAAGUACACUCUCUUCCGGUCUCAACAGCUUACCAACGAUAAUUUGGGAAGAUUUCAUCAAACCUCAUUUUGGAAAGAAAUUUUCCGAAAACCAAGCUACGUUGUUUGGAAAAGUUUUAGUAUUAAUAUUUGGAGCAGUAGCCAUUGGUUUUGCAUACCUCGCCUAUCUAGUUGGAGGUCCCAUUGUUCAGAUGACUAGCACCGUCUCUUCGUGUUUUAAUGGACCAAUUCUAGGAAUGUUCGUCAUGGGAGCAGUCUUUAAAUCUGCCAACUCUAAGGGUGCUAUAGUGGGCUGUCUCUCAGGCUUUGUCUUCUUGCUGUGGAUAGCUCUCGGUAAAGUCGUGGAGAAACACGUGACCCCGAGACUUCCGGGCGGUCCCGUCACAAAUUGUACCACCUACUCAAUCAACAAUAUAAACAAUACUCUAGCUUCAAUGUCGGAAACAACAUACUCAGUUAACUACACAACACCACAAAUCUCAGCUGAAAUGCAUCAUCCCAGUGAAGGAGAUCACGAGGUGCUUGGCAUAUACAAGAUCAGCUAUAUGUGGUAUACGACCAUAGGUAUGGUUGUCUGUAUAGCAGUCGGAAUGGCUGUCAGUUUGAUAACGGGUGGUCUGAAGUCUGCUGAUGAUGUUGAAUUUAAAUAUUUAUUUCCUCUAAGACGAAUAUUCGACUCCAAGAGGGUCAAGCAAUAUGAACUAAAGGAAAAGGCAAUGUGGAGUACAGAACCGGAAACCUCGGUUGAGCUUGUUGGUGAAAAAUCAUGAAAACCGUUGUUUUCAUCACUUCUGCUUAUGACUACCGCCAUUUCCUUGGCUUCCAUCUUCAGCAAAAUGGAUCACAGAUCCACUGCAGAAAUACUCACUGCCGAUAUAUAUUAAAAUGUGAAGGAAUAUCUUUACUCUCCUGUAAAUGACGAAGCAAGCAUUAUCAAUUUUCAACAAUUUUUAUGUUUUGUUCAAGAGGGCUCUUAUUUUAUAUGUUUAAAUUUUCAUUUUUAAGUUUACUUGGGACAAAAGUUUAAUCAGGAUUUGAAAUCUUUUAGCGCUGGUCCCCCUUCAUUGCGGCUGCAUUGACCAUCUACGACAUGAAUCUUUUUCUCUCCCCUGAAAUAUUGUGCAAACGGUUUUUCACUCUAAAACAAUACGGUAUUGAAACUGUUUUCUUAAAUUUUUGUUGUUUAAAAAAGGACAUUUUUAUUUGAAAUGCACGCGCUAUAGUGUGUCUUUACACUGAAGAAUUAUCAUCAUAUUAUGUAUUUUAUUAUGUAUAGACUUUGUGACAUGCAAUAUAACAUCGCUCAAAAAUUUUUAUUUUUUUUUUCAAAAUUAUCACAUGUAGCCGUAAAUGUGAUUGCCAACAUGCAUGACGCAUUUUUUUAAUCAAGUGGAUCAUGUGUGUCAUCUCCCAUUUUGAAUUUUUAUACGUUUUAUUUUGAUAGCCAUCCUAUCAUCAGGAUAUUUUGCGAAUGAUAUUUUAAACGAUAGAGAACCAUGCUCCUGUUUCAUUUAAAGCUAAAUACAAUGUAAUCCAAUUAGACACAUUCAUUUGUAUUUUUGCUUACAGUAUGUUUUGUUUUAUGUUGGUCUAAACUUACAUUUAUUAAAAGCUCAAUCGAGCCCCGAUCUCAACAUAAAAGGAUGACAGUCGUUUGUUAAUUCUCUGUAAAAUUGUAUUGUGCUUGUCAAUCACAAAACGAUUUCUCCAUUCAAGAAUUUAUACCCCUUUGCACAUUGACAAAAAGUGUUGCAUAUACGAGUGUUGUCCCAAAAAGUAGACAAUGUUUAUAACUUUGUUAACAUGCAACCAAUACUAACCAAAUUUUGCAUCGGCAUAAUAUAUUCAAUUUUCUUUAAAACUGUGAAUUCUUGAAUAUGUAUCUUUCAUAUUAAUAAUAUUGGGACGAUUUAUAUGAAUGCAGAUAUGGUCUGUCGGCGCACGAACAAAAUCUGGAAUAAUUUUUGCAUAUCUCUAUAUUAUAUUUGCUUUAAUUUCUUUGGUACUAUGUAAAACAUUGAACUCAAAUUUAAAUCAGUAAAACCAGAAUCAAAAUCUUUAUAACAUGUCAAAUUUUCAUAUACAUAGCAUUAGAAACAGACGAUUGGUGUCAGGAUUUUCAAAGUGUUACUGGAAUCGAGUUUGAUGAAAAUGACGUCGUCUAAGGCGUAACUGGCGCACGGAUGUAUAAUAAAUUGUUAUGAAUAUGGUUAAUAUACAUAAGAGACGCGAAAAAAAAGAGUACAGAAGUGACCUUACACACGAGGUUCUAAUAGAGAAGUCGUUUUAAAUGGUAUGAGAUUCAAUGAUAGUUUUUCCUCUGUACAUGGAAUAAUUACCGCAUGUUAGAGUACUGUAUGUUUAACGCAGACAGUGGGGAACGUUCUGAGCCACGAACGACGUUGAACAAUGUCUAUUCUCCGGUGUGUACAAUGAAAGAUCUUUAGACUUAAUGUCGACUGAAAUUUGAAUUUGCUUUUAAAAAAAUCCGACAGUAGUCACGUAGUCAAUUUAAAAAAGUUCCGUAGUCAAGAGUGGUUUUUCACUUAAAAUAAUUGAUGUUAACAGACGUGUGUGAAGCAGAAAAAGACACCGUAAAUCAGGCUUGCUUUCGUGCGCCGAUGUACACUUACAUGUUUUCGUUAUUUUUUCAUAAUGUUUUAUUAAAUGUGAUAUCAUCAUGAAACUUGAAAAGCAUGAUCAUAAAAUGUUCCUUUUUACAAUGACAAGGAAAGUCAAACUUAACUAUUUUCCCUGUCUACGACAUUUUGGGACAACCCUCGUAUGUAUCUCAUUUGUUUUCAAAAAUUUUGAAAAUAUCAAGUUCCAUCGCAUAUGAUGUCUUGAUGUUUUCCAUGUUAUUGAUAUUUUUUAAUAUUAAAGAGGCUCAGUACAUAAA